CUUCUGUUCUUGAGUCAGUAUCGGCCCAGCCGUCCGCUCGUCUACAGAACUUAUAGCUUCUACUGCAGCACACACUCACGUAUUACUCCUGUACGAGUCCUCUUUCUGUUUUAUUGCUCGAAUGGAGCCAGGGACCCCGCUACCCACUGGCAUCUAUGGGUGGCGCAAACGAUGUCUCUAUGCUCUACUUCUCGGUCUCAUGGUGGUGGUUUUAUGCAACCUUGCCGCCACCCUUCUACUUCUCAACGUCUCUAAUUUUAACCUGGGAGGUCUAGGGGAUUUGAGGAUAUUUUCUGGCGGAGUGUUCUUGAGGGACUACAGCUACGUGCUGGGCUCGCUAGUGAUGCCGCGUCUAUCCUCAAGGCAGGGCCAACCGUUGACACUGGAGUCUUAUUACAACGUGAGUCUUCUGGUACGUGACGAAUCUGGGCGCUUAGGGCCAAGAGGGGUCGAGCAGAUAUUGCACUUCUGGAGUGAUAUUCAAGAUCACAACCGAGUUGAGGUCGCAGCCACUGCGGCCCAGCUACAAGUCACCGACCUCGGGCGACGAGCUCUGUUCACGGCGGAGUCUGGCGGGAUAUCGGUGGGUGCCGACAUCCUCAGAGUUCUCGAAGGAGGCGUACAUUUUGCAGGAAGCGUCCAAACAUCAAUGUUACGGUCAAAUCUGGGUUCUGAGCUCAUGCUAGAAUCAGUGACACGGCGUCUGUUCUUGACUGGACCUUCAGGAGUAUCUCUGGAGAGUAGAGCAGCUGACAUAAGUGCCUCGUGUCUCACCGACCUACAUCUCACUUCUACUGAUGGCAAGGUAAAAAUGAAGGCCCCGGGGAUAUAUAUCCCAAACUUAGAAAGCAUUCCUCUAAUACAGCCCCAGCCGUUCAAGUACGGCCAGUUGAAGUCCGGGACCCCCUCCAGGAGUUUCCAAGUGUGCAUGUGUACCAACGGAAAGCUAUUUGUGUCCAGUCCGGACGGCGAGUGUAGAGUCGACAAUGACGGAGUCCAGUGCCGGUAACAACUAAACACAUGAUUUACUACAUUGGUUAGAGGUGUUUCUGUACUUGCCGUUGCUGACAAUAAUAUUGUUCUAGGCUAUAUCAGAGUUUGAGGCCUAUGUAAUGUGUCCUAGGCUACAGCACAGUUUGUAGCCUAUGUAAUAUGUUCUAGGCUAUACAGAGUUUGUAGCCUAUGUAAUGUGUCCUAGGCUACAGCACAGUUUGUAGCCUAUGUAAUAUGUUCUAGGCUAUAUCACAGGUUGUAGCCUAUGUAAUGUGUUCUAGGCUACAGUACAGUUCGUAGCCUAUGUAAUAGGUUCUAGGCUAUAUCACAGUUUAUAGCCUAUGUAAUAUGUUCUAGGCUACAGCACAGUUUGUAGCCUCUGUAAUAGAAGGCAGUGUCCAGAUUUAAUGUUUUGAUACCUUUCACUUCAUUGCGCUGCUGGGGAUUUAUUUAUUUCCAACGGACAUACUUCUCCAUUUUAUAUUUAAUAUUGAUAAUUAACUUAUAAUCCUUAGGGAUAUCCUUUGGAAUUCUUUAGGUGUAAGAAAUAAAAUGAGUGGGAUUUCGGGAAAAUUGUAAAAAUUGAUCAACUCAAUUAGUGGAAUGCGGAAACGUAAUGCGGGAAAUAUUUUGCCAACAAAUACUUUGUACGUAUGCAGAUGAAAUACAUUUUGUGAAGUACACAUAAAUUCAAGCUAUACCAAAAUCUACGAAAUGAUUAAAUAUAUUAUUGUUACCAUGUAGUAAUUACCAUAUCACUUCUUUUAUUACAUAAAAAUUAAACAGUUCUAGAAAGAUAACCACUAAUCCCUCAAUUUCAAAACCACAUACUCUUGUCCUUCAAGGAAAGAACUCAUAUAAAGCUCGCAGAGUAACAUUUGGUUAUCACAGAAAUUAAUCAUCCUGUGUUGUUUCAUACCUGGGCCACACAUGAACAUAAUUAACGCCACAUAGCAUAUGAGUGAUGUAUGUUGAUUGUUUUUUUUUAAUAUUAUAGAUUUAUUUAAAUAUAAUUUAUGACUUGUUAUUGCAGCCAAUCACUGUUACAACCAUGCAUAUGAUUCUUAUGUAAUUGAUUUUGUUUAAUUAUCGAUUGUUAUAGUGUAAUUGUUUUAAAGGUAUAGUGACAUGUACAUGCUAUUUUGUUAAUAAACCUGUAAUUGUAAAUAAAGAAUAUUAUUACAAUAA